AUGUUAAAAAUAUAUUGGCUUCAUUGCAAUAAAUGUGGAUUUCACUUAGAUUCAAAAAAAAAUAUUCAAUUCAUUUUGUGCAGCUGCCAAGAUAUUUUGUGUUCAAAAUGUUUUGGUGCUUCACCUCAAUCAUCUUCUUCAGAAAAAUUAGUACAUUGUAUUUUAUGUAAUGCUUCAGUACGAACGUCUUAUAUUGAAAGUUCUAUGAAUCCUUCACUUAAAAAAUUAUUUGCUCAUACCAGAGAAUUAGCUAAAUAUUCAUUAAAUGACAUUCGAACCAUAAUGGCAUUUCAAAAAAAGCAACAAGACAGAUAUGGAAAAGUAAUUUUGAUGAAAGACAAAAAAAUGAAAGAAUGUCUGAAUAAAAUAGAAUUAAAGUUGGCGACACAAAAAAAAAGUUUAAAAAAUAAAAAUUUAAAUAAAUUUGAUGAGAUUUUAAAAUAUGAGAAGAAGAUAUCUCAAAUAGAUACUAAUAUAAAAAUAUUAGAAGAUUUUUGUAAUAAAUUUACAAAUGAGGCAAAAGAACAAAUAAAAAGUCAAUGUUCUAGUGAUUUUAAUAAGUCUACAUUGUCAAAUGUUCAAGAAAAAUGUUUUACACAAUUAUCAACUGUUUCUAGUUCUAGGAUUGAAGAUAUGAUAUCAUUAAGUAGACAUGUAGAUGAUAGAAGUAAAUUGUCAGAUUUAAAUGCAGAGUACAAAUGUCUUUCGCUUAACUCUAGAAAGAGAGAAUAUUCUGAAACAAAUUUUUCUCAGUCAAGAUACUUUAGUCCUCUUAUUUCCAGUACUCCUUUAACAAAAGGAAAUAAAAAAAUGUUGAUAACGGAUAAGUGUGCCAAUAAAAUUUCUCCUAUCUACAAACAAUGA